UAUAAAUGUCCAAUUCGGACGGGACUAGACAUCUCUGUCAUUUUACUUGACAUGGGAGGAGUAACUACGUUUACGUUCUGCCGUCACAUCUUCGUCGCCGUGCACGUGAUACUUUGCGUCAGGUACGUGCGGCAUUUUCAGAUUUGAAAGACUACACAAAUUGGUUAAACUAGCAAACGUUAGCUUUAUGUUAUGAUAUUUGAUAUUGUUAGUUUGAAAUGGCUAACAAUAUCAAGCUAUUAGGCAAACUAGCUAACGUCCUAUUAGAAGCUGCACAGCAUGUUAUGUUUUCAUUCAGACUAUGGUGGAAUUGUUUUCAAAUCAGGAUGUGACGAAAUAUUACAGACAUCUUUACAGAGGGUCGCGUUCGCACGGGAUUAAUAUUACCUAAGGAUCCUAAUGAAUGAACUGGGCUAGCUAAGUGCUAUCAGAGUAGCGCCGUGCGCCAGAGCCAGAGCCGGUGAGUGCACGCAUUGAAACGUGAGAGGCACUGCUACUUCGUGUCAUUGUAUCUGCUAACGAGGCGCGACGUGUCAAACUUACCGAAGAGCCACAGUCUGCAGAUGCACUGAUUGACUUCUUACGAGAAAAACUUCAGCUGCAAGGAGACUUUUCGUUACAAUUUGAGGACUUGGACAAUGCGCUAUGUGAUUUAUCAGAUAUAGCUGAACUACCAAAGGGUCGUGCAAUCUUGCACAUAAAGUGGAAAGUGCCUGUCACUGUAAGUGAACUGUGUGACACUCAGUCUCUUGGAUCUAUAUCGUCUCUGGAUACGGCAAGUUUAGGUUCUCCGGGGCGGCCUUCAUCUGGCGCUUCACCUGACUUUUCGCCUGGCUGUUCACCUAGCCCUUCUACCAACCCUUCACCAGACCACCCAAAUGACCAAGAUGAAGCCUCACUGGAGGAACAGAGACUGCUUCUAGUGGAGGCAUCCAAGAAGGCAAGAUUAGAUGAGUCUCUCAUCAAAGAGAAAAUGGAUUUGACCUUCUCACUGAGGCGAAAGGAGGUUGUUGACAAACAGCCCAUGGUGCAAGAUUUGAAAGAUAGAUGGCCAGCUUUGUUCUUUAAAGACCAGAUUGGUGAGGAGUUUUUCCGUAUUACAAAUAAAGACUUAGUUGGAACAUUCAGAGCUGCAGUUGAAAAAUAUGCCCCCCUCCUGCUGAGAUUGUACCGAGCCCGAAAAACAGAGUUUGGCAAGGAUCUGAAUGAGAUACUGAGAAGGCUUGAUGAUGAGACUACCAACAUUGUAAGACACCGCGAGGAAGCAGCCAUGAAAGGACUUCCUGUGUUCCUACGUGAAGAUCCUAAUCAACUUUUCAAUCAUUGUCUUGAAACUGAUUCAGAUGACGUGGCUGCCAAGGGAGUCUCUGUGGGAAUUCUGUAUGUCCUUGAGGACUGUGUGGCUGAAGCCUCAUCUCCCAAGAUUCAAAACAUCGCAGUCAUCUUGGAGGAAUCAAUAGCAGUAGAGGACCUUCCGGAUACUCCCACUGCCUUGGCCUACCUUCUUGGCCUCCUUUAUGCACUCAACAUUUCUUAUCCUAAGCACCUUAAGUACACCUUUGAAACACUUCAGAAGGUUUUCAUGGACAUUGACCCAAAAUGCUCUAACCGUGUGCGAUCCCUAAAGAAAAAGCUUGGUUUUGCCUAACAUUGCAAAAAAAAAAGUAAUGCUCAUAGUCAUCUCUGACUAAUUGCUGGCUAGUGACUGAAAAGUGUGUAGAAUGUUACAAACAUUGUUACAGCUACAGUCUUUGUUUCAGCUGGGAGGCUAGUAUUUGUGAAAUGUCACACCCAUUUGUAUUGUUCUCUUAGCAAAACAUAUAUACUGUAGGCUUACAAUGUGACAUUUGACAUGGAAUAUUUGCUAGGACAAUUUUUUUUACUGCAGAAUGUUCUUUGUUCUGUGAAGACUUCUGUGAAUUUAAAUACUGAUCAAGACCGAGAAAAUCAUUCUGAAAAGAGGCCUCUUUUCUGUAAUUUUCUUCAUCUAGGCUAAUAUUCUGUCUUGAUAAUUUGAAAAUAAAUUGUCUAAGUGUA